ACAAGGGGGUAAAGGGAGGGAGGGAGGGAGGGAGGGAGAGAGAGAGAAAGGAGGGGCAGAGAGGGAGGACCCACAAAGGGAGGACCGUCCCAUGCCAGGACUUGUGGCUGCUAGAGCUCUACCUCCCUCCCUCUCUCGCUCCCUCCCUCUCUGUUACUGAGGAAGUAUGUUUUGAAGGGGGUUGAGCUUAAGCUCAACAGAGCAGAGUGUUUUAAUUGUAGCCCAGCGUGUUAGCAGCCAGGCAGGCAGUAGACAGAUCCUCAGACCCUGGAAACUAAACUCUGCAGCCAGCUUUCCUUCCUUUGACACACCGGCAGCGGAGCCACAGAAUCUCCACUCAGCCCCGUUCGGCCGCAUUCCUGCACAAAGAUGAGCGCCCAGGUCUGCUGUGGGCUCCUCUGAGGGUCCGCAACAGACUCGUGGUCCACCCCCUCACUGCAGUUGCCUAAACAGACUCAGUCUCAAAGAGAAAUCCUAUUAAACAAGAGUCUGCCUCCUGUUUAAAGAUGGACGAGGGAUAUGAACUUGACCUGACCUACGUGACAGAGCGCAUCAUUGCCGUGUCUUUUCCCCGGGCAUGCUCAGAGGAGACCUACCUUCACAACCUAAAGGAUGUCACACGCAUGCUCAAGUCCAAACAUGCUGACAACUACCUGGUCAUUAACCUGUCAGAGAAGAGACAUGACCUUUCAAAGAUGAAUCCCAAGACACUGGACACAGGUUGGCCUGACCUGCACGCCCCCCCCCUGGAUAAGAUCUGCACCAUCUGCAAGGCCAUGGAGAGCUGGCUCAAUGCUGACCCGCUGUACGUGGUGGUCAUCCACUGUAGGGGAGAGAAGGGGAGAAUUGGUGUGGUCAUCUCCUCCUUUGUGCAUUUCACAGACAUCUCAGCAAGUGCUGAUCAGGCCCUGGACCGCUUCGCCAUGAGGAAGUUUUACGAUGACAAGGUCUCUGCGCUAAUGACGCCCUCCCAGAAAAGAUAUGUGUGGAUCCUGAACAGCCUCCUGAAUGGUUCCAUGAAGAUCAACGCCUCACCUCUCUUCCUGCACUGGGUCAUCCUCCAUGGGAUCCCCAAUUUCGACAGUGUUGGAGCCUGUCGUCCAUACCUGAAGGUUUACCAGGGAAUGCAAGCUGUCUAUUCCUCUGGAGUAUAUAUCAUUGGACCAGGCCACAGGAACAGACUAUGUGUUGCCAUGGAGCCGGCUCAGCUGCUGAAGGGAGACAUCAUGAUCAAAUGCUAUCAUAAGAGUGGCUCCUCCAAAAGGGACAUCAUCUUCAGGCUGCAGUUCCACACGGGAGCAGUGCAAGGCUACAACCUCAUGUUUGAGAAAGAGGAUAUGGAGAGUGCCAACAAAGAUCCCAGAUUUCCGGAUUAUGGAAAAGUGGAGUUAGUGUUUUCCGAGGGCCCGGAGAAGAUCCAAGGUGCUGAGCGCUGGCAGAACGGGCCAGAUGUGACCGUGGACUACAGCUUGACCGACCCGCUGACCCGAUGGGACUCCUACCAGAACAUCUGCAACGGUGAAGUGCCUCAGUCCCCGUCCCAGGGUUCCACUCUGGACAAACCGGUGGCCAAGGGAACCCCGAGCGGCGGCUCCACGCUGAGGAGGGGAGCCGGCCCGGCCUCUGCCGCCAGCAGCCCCGAGCACAGCGACCACGCCCUGUCGGCCAGCAGCGACUCCGGCCUCUCCAACGCCUCCCUGUGGACGGAGCGCGGCUCCUCCGUGGCGCCCUCCAAAUCCCAGGGCCCAAGCCAGCAGGAAAAGGCUGAGCUCAAGCGCCUCCUGAGCGGCUUUGGCCUGGACGAGCCGCCGCCCCUGAUCCUCCACGGAGCCAUGGACGGGGAGCGAGACAGCGGGACGAUCGUCACGGGCGGCCUCCGCGUGCUGCAUCCGGCGCAGGUGCACGCCGCGGGGGAGCCGCAGCCCAAGGAGCGCGAGACGGACAUCCUGGACGACGUGGUGCUCAUGAUGUCGGGACACGACCUGCGCAGCGUGGACAGCCUGGGGACGCUGUCCUCGUCCUGCCACAAGAGCAGCCAGAACUCGCUGCUGUCGGAUGGCUUCGGCAGCCCCGGUGGGCCAGAGGACGUGGCCCACCACCAUCACCACCUCAACCACCACAACCACCAGCACCUCCAGCACCAGCAGCAUGCGCCGGCUGGCAUGGAGGAAUACGAGCGGGCUUACAUUGAGGCCCGCAGGGGCUGUCUGGGCCAGAGGAGCGGCUCGGUGCCCGUUUCGUCCUCGCCCUCGCCCUCUCCCAGCGGCACAGGGUCCCAGGCCACUUCCUUCCGGCAGGGCAGCUACUCCACCCAUUCCUGGGUGCAGCAGCAGCAGAUGGUGGCCGCCCAGCAUUACUCCUACCUGGCCGAGGAGGUCACCGAGGUGACGGUGACGGACGGCUUUCACCACGGAGACAAGCGGGGCACCAGCCCGUUGUCCGAGCCUGCCGCCGAGCAGGGUAACGGAACGGACGCGGUAACAGAGACGACAGUCUCCCAGACGGUCACGGACAAGACGCAGGACGAAGAGUUCAACUCCCUGACAGUGGACAUCGACAACUCCAUCGACCAGCUCAACCAGCUGAUCAUGGACCUGGACCCAACGUUCGUGCCCAUCUCCACCCGCACCGCCUCGGUCAAGAGGAACGGUGGCACUCACGCCAACGGCCCCACCACAGCAUGCACCAACGGGACCACUCACAGAGUCAGUGGAAAUAGCAGAGCCGUGGUGCAGCAGGCAGCUGUUGAGCCUGGCGAUGUUCAUGCGGAAGGUGGACGCAGUGUCAGCAGGCAGGCCAGUGGUGUCCCAGACCACCCAGCCCAGCAGCCGUGGGGGCUCAGGGAGGAGUUUGGAGACCGAGCCACGUACCCCUCCUCAUGCGUUCCACACACACAGCAUGGUGGAUUUUACAGGGCUGAGAGUCUAGACUACAGAAAUCGGAGUGUGGAGCUCGACAGCGGUGUGGAUACUGGCGGUGACAUGGUUCCCCCUACCCCUUCCUUCCCCAUCUCCCCUCCCACACCUUACGUGAAAAACAUAACUGACUUCCUGCAUCACAGACAAACUCCAUCUCCCAGCAUGCAAAUGUAUGGAGCAUACAGGACAGAUCAAGACUCCAGGGUUUACACCGAGAUCAUGACUCACGCAACAGAGGCUGGCCUGCCAGACCACUCCCCUGCCUAUCACCGCACUUUCGGAUCUACACACUCCGCAUCCAUUGGUGGAACACUGACUCGAACAGACAGCCCGGUCCAGUCCCCCUGGCAAGAGAGCCCGCUGCUGUGCCGACAGGCCUCUCUGCCCCCUCAGCGCUCCGGCACCCCGGACUACAGCCACCACUCCCCGCCGGGCCACCAUCCUCACCCCGCGCCCAACGCCCACAGCUCCCCCCGGGGCAGCCAGCGCAGCCGGGCUGCCCGUUACGCCGCCGGUCGCAGCCCUGCGCGCAGCUUCGACGAGCACGACGGCCUGGGCACAGACUUCAGCACCGCAGGCCUCCUGGUGGAUGCGGAGGUCCUGAGCGCACAGCUGCACCAGCAGGCCCCCCAGCAGCAUCAGCAGCUCCACCUGCCUCCCCUGCUGCCCGAGAAAAGGAUGGCCUCGGACGGGGAGCACUCCAGGGGCUCGGCCUCGCCAGCUCUCAGUGGAUUCUCCAGCCCCCACAGCGGCAGCUCCCUCAGCAUCCCCUUCCCCAAUGUGCUACCGGAGAUGCAGGCCCGGGGCACACCAGGCACGUCCUCUCCGUUACCUGAUGUGCUGGCUAGCAAACAGGUGACUGUGAAGUUCGUUCAGGAUACAUCCAAGUUUUGGUAUAAGCCUGACAUUGCACGGGACCAAGCCAUUGCCGUCCUGAAGGACAAAGAGCCAGGCUCUUUCAUCGUGCGAGACAGCCACUCCUUCAGAGGAGCGUACGGAUUGGCCAUGAAGGUGGCCACGCCUCCUCCCUCAGUCCUGCAGCAGAGUAAGAAAGGAGAUCUGUCCAAUGAGCUGGUUCGUCACUUCCUCAUUGAGUGCACACAGAAAGGCGUGCGGCUGAAGGGCUGUCCCAAUGAGCCCUACUUUGGCAGCCUGACCGCCCUGGUGUGCCAGCACUCCAUCAUGCCCCUGGCACUGCCCUGCAAGCUCAUCAUCCCUGACAGAGAUCCCCUGGAGGACGUAGUGGAGACCACCACCCAGUCUAUCACCAACUCUGCCACAGAGCUCCUCAAACAAGGAGCAGCAUGUAAUGUGUGGUUCCUGGGUUCCGUGGAGAUGGAGUCUUUGACUGGUUACCAGGCGGUUCAGAAAGCCACGAGUGAAGUGUUUAAUAUGGACCCUUUGCCAACCUCCACUGUGGUCCACUUCAAAGUGUCGUCUCAGGGCAUCACGCUCACCGACAAUCAGAGGAAAUUGUUCUUUAGGAGACACUACACCGUGAACACAGUCAUAUUCUGUGCUCUGGACCCCCAGGACAGAAAGUGGAGAAGAGAUGGCUCCGCUACAGCUAGGAUCUUUGGCUUUGUGGCGAGAAAGACCGGCACAGGACAGGACAAUGUGUGCCAUCUGUUUGCCGAACACGACCCGGAGCAACCAGCUAGUGCCAUCGUCAACUUCGUGUCCAAGGUGAUGAUUGGCUCCCAGAAGAACAACUAAUGUGGACUGUCUGAGUGCAUAUGAUAGUUACUAGGCCUGAAAGUGGUCUUUGAUGCUUUCCCCUGAAAUCAUGGCCAAUGGUCAUGCAUUGCCACUGAACAUCUUGGAAGAGUGGGGGCAGUUGCCAUAGCGAUACAGUAUGGGAAAGCUGUUUGUUUUGUAAACAAGAUUUUGAUCUUGACAAAACCAGCACUAGCUGUACUUUAAAAUUAGGGACCCACAAUCAUGUAUGUAUAUUUAUGUAUUAGUAUGUUAAGAAAUACAUAUUUAUUUCCUCUCAUCAUUUCCAAACCAUUUCCAAGUGUAUUUUUUUCUUUAAGUCUGAAACUGUAUGUACAUGUGAAUCAACUCUGACUAUUUGAAGCUGAUUCAGGUAGCCUCCAGAAAGCAUAAUGACACAUUAUCAAAAAUGUGAAAAACCAUCAAGUCAGGAGUAUAAAGGAGUCAGUGAACUUUGCAGCUGAGAUGAAAAUGUGCUGCUUUGGUGAAAGUGUAUGAAGUAGCCUACUAUUUGGAGGUACAAGACAAAUUUGACUGGUUUUGUUGUGUAUGGGUUCUUAUCUUUGGUUACCCGUGAGGCAUCACUGAUCAAAUCUGUGGUCAACCAAAGUCGUUUCAAAGUUAAUAUUGUUCCAAAACCUGGUCCAGUUUAUAGAGCAAGUAUACGCUAAUUUCCAGCUGAAGCAAAGCUAGAUAACCUCCCCUUAAAGGUGAAGUGUGUAGUUUUUAGUGGCAUCUAGUGGUGAGGUAUCUUGAGCCAGUGUUUUGGUUUGUCCAUUCUGGGCUACUGUAGAAACAUGGCGGCGCAACAUGGUGGACUCCGUGGAAGAGGACCCGCUCCCUAUGUAGAAAGGGCUCAUUCUAAGCUAACGAAACACACAAGUGAUUAGUGGUUACAGGUAAUUAUACACUAAUGAAAACAUAAUUAUGAUUACUGUAUUCCAUCUCUACUAACAGAUGCCACUAAAAACUAUACACUGUACCUUUAAUCUAUGCAAAUGUUUGUUGUAUGUAAAUACAUUGAAACUGAGCUAAAACUGACUAAAUAUAUAUGCACAUCUCUUUUAUGACUUAACUCUGUGUAUUUGGCCCAAGUAUUUCUUUUUUCCUGAUGUGGAGAUUUUGAGAUGUGUUACAGGACAUGGAUAUCAUAGCAAUUUAACAACACAGGUCUAUUUUUGUAUGUCAGCCCUGAUAUAUUGGUAUUUAUGAUUAGAUGAAAUUAUAUUGUCCGUGAAUACACUUACAUUUUUUAAUAUGUUCAAACUAUAAUGCUCUAUUGUGUGCUAUUAGUCACAGAAUUAAGAAUUCAAAGUUAACAUUUGAAGAUUUAAUUUUGACAUUGGCAAGUAUAUGUAAUGGAGUUCAUUACCUCUAAGCAUUUUAUGUAAUAAUUUGCAAAAGCAAUAUUAACUCUUGUAUUAUUUUAAAAACAUACCCAACAAGAGGUUGUGUUGUGAGUUAUGAUGAAAAUACUAGUAUAAUAGAGUAAGCAUCAUUUGCAUCAGUUUAGCUUUAUGUUUAGAAUUAUGUAGUGGUGUUAUACAGCAUGGUGAUCAAAACAGUCUUAUUCUAAAACGCUAGCAACAUACAUGUAUCAUGUAUACUGAUAUACAGCUAGAGUAUUCCAAGCUGGUUAUGGUAUUCGUCAUUAUUCAGUGCUGUUUCACUGAAGCAUAUGGCUGUAAAGAAAAUGAGCUAGACAGAUAUUUGAGGACACUUGGAUGCUGAGCUUUUAGCAACUUGGUCUCAAAUAAUGUUUCUUUGUUAAAAAAUAAAUAAUCUUAUGCCUUGUGGGACCAUAGAGAAGUAUGGCGUUGACUAAGAAUGCGUAUAUUCAUGGAAUCUGUUAUUUGUCAGGAUACUUCUUUAUUUUCUGAACUCAGAUCAGUUGCCAGGAAAUGGAAUGACACUGUAUUGUAUUUUCUAUGUAUGUUUCUUGGCCUUAAUGAACUAUGGCCAACCACUCGAUAUAAAUGUGGCAUUAUAAGAUAUGGAUGUAAAUAAAUAAAAAGGGAUGUCAUAAGCA